AGUCGAUGAGAUGAACUGACAUUUUCUGAUGAUCAUGCACACUUUGAAAAAGCUUACAUCAUUCUCGUUGGUGGCACGACGAAGUCACUCUCUUUCCAACUAACAAAACUUCAACGCCUUACGCAGUUAAGCCUGCAAGUUGAAACUAAACAACAGAUUCAACCAAGUCAAUCAAUCACACCAUGUUCAACUAUUCUAUCUGGUUUGAUUCCAAAUUCAACUAUCAAUUUCUCCAAAAACACUUCAUUUUGUUUGGAGGUCAGAGAAAAAAGAGAUGGCACCUCUUUUCGAGUACUUUGUUGUGUGUGGACUUGGGCCUGAAAUCCGUACUUUAUAUGAAAGCAGCAGCGGAUAUUAUGGCAUAGAUUGCACUUAUGAGCCUUCUCUUAUUGAUCAAUACCCACCUCUUGGUCACUCUCUUUAUGCUCCUUUGCCACCUGAGCUUCCUAUGUGUGUUAUGCCAGAAGGGGUUGAGUUCUGCAAGUCAGGCUUUGAUGCAAAGGAUUCCUCAAGCUAUCCUCGAAGCUACCCAAUUGUUUUAACCGCGGGAGAUGGUUCUAAAAUUUACGUGAGCUGUAUUGCUUUCUGGGACUCUGUUGAUGAAGAUAUUGGUAAAGCAUAUGGUAUACCACCCAACUCAUUUACGAGAAAGUGCAUUUCUCUUGUCUCACGAAUACCCUGCUUUUGUGUACUUCGUGAUGCACUAGAGGAGAUAUUUGCUCUUUGCUUUUCCACUAGAGGAAGUCGAACGCCACUUUGGGAGGUUAUAGCAGCCACAGUUUCCAAUGUUCCUCUGCCUAUACCAGGAAUUAAUAGGGUCCUGUUUGCAAUUAAUAAUUGCUUGUUCUCUGCUGAGGCUCCUCCAGAAUAUGGGCUCCCGCAUGCUGAUAUAUCCUUCGAGCCGUUGUUACAGUGCCUGGACGCCCAUAACAUAAUUAUACUUUUUACAGCUGCAUUGCUUGAAAGAAGAAUCUUGCUGCGAUCAGAUAAGUACACACUAUUGACACUUGUCUCGGAGGCUAUAUGCUGUCUAAUUUACCCAUUUCAGUGGCAGCAUGUCUACAUUCCAUUACUCUUCUCCAAAGGAGUGGACUAUGUUGAUGCUCCGACUCCGUACAUCAUCGGUCUUCAUUCGAGUGUUGAUACAUCUGGACUUUCAAUGGAUGGUGUUGUUAUUGUUGAUAUUGAUCACAACUGCAUCUCCACGUCAGAGGAGAUACCUCCUGUUCCAGAACCGGAGUUGAGCUUGUUACAUGAUGAUAUAAUGAAGCUACUGUAUCCAAAUAUGAUGCACAUAGAUGAGAUUAAUACUGGAUUUGGGGAACUAUAUGUGAGAUGCUCUAAAGUUGCUGCCAAGCCUUGGGGAAAGGGCCAUGACCUUCAACUAAGGCUUAUAUUCCUGAAGUUCUUUGCUACAAUUUUAUCAGGAUACCGUAAUUUCAUCGUAAAUAGUGAAGAAUGUUCUUUUGAUGAUCAAGCAUUUAUGAUGCAUCGUUGCCGUUCAAAUAAUCAAGUGCCAGAUCCGAUGACAACUCAAUUUCUAGGAUCUCAAGGAUUCUCAAACUACAUAGGAAGAGUUAUGUCAUCUGGUGAAAGCAAUGAUGACGUGCUCGAUAAGUUGAUUGACGCAAUUGGGAGAGGUGAAAGUCCUACGUCGGUAUUCCCUUCACCUCUUUUAGACUUAACAAUUGUGACCAUACCAGACCCUACAGAUGGAGUUUUAGGUACCGAUGCUGAUGCUAAAUACAUUUAUGCCAAGUUUCCAGCUAAAAUCAGAUCAGAAGAGGAAGAAUAUAAGAGGAAGCAGAUCCUAAAGUACAUAAAAGACAAGGAUGAUGAGGAGAAAGGAAUAAUGUUGGACAUGAAAGUGAAGCUGCAGGGACUCUGGAUCUCUCUUUUGAAACUUGGAGAUGGGGAUGUCAUUCUUUCAUCGGAUGAAUACGAAACAAUUUUUGCUCUAAUAGAGACAGAUGCGAAAGGAAUUGUUGGUAGAGCCUUAAUUGAGUGUAUAAGGGAACAACUGAAUUCUGGAUGGAAUGGUCAAUUGUCUGAGGAACAGUUUAUUGCUGUAAACGAAUUGGUCAAAAGACUUGUUACAUCUGCAACUCAUCACAAUGACAUACCAAGUUUGAAAGAUGCACUUGAAGUGUCGGUUGAAAUGUACAAGAAGGAUUUCAAUAAUGUUUCAGACUAUAUACAACGUCAUCUCCUUUCUCAGUCGAUCUGGGAGGAUCCAGGGUUCUGGGAAGCAUUUUUUGAAAGUCUGAUGGAGCAGUCUUCUAGCAAGUCUUCCAGUAAUGAGAGCCACCUUAUGUCACAACUGAUCAUGGUAGCAGCACAUAUGGGUGGCUUGGGAAUGCCUGAUACAGAUGCGUGGCCAAUAAUACAAAAUAUAGCCCAGAUAAACAAUAUCUGUUAUGACCAUUAUAUACAACUCAGAGGAUACUUUCCAUAUAUUCAUCAACUACAAAUGGUUUACUGGGGAAUAUCAGAUCUGAAGACUGAAUCAUUGGCUUCUUCUGGUUUGCAAUCCCCGCGUUUUCAAGAAACAGCGGGAGACGGUCAAAAACCUCCCAAGGCAUCUACUCUUGCAAGAAAUUGGGUCAGGAACAUGUUUGGGAGGGAAUCAGUGCUAAAAGCAAACUCUUUCAGCCAUGCUCAUGGAUGGGCAUUGGAAACUGAAACAGCAGAUGAGAUUGGGACACCUCGCAGACAAAAUUUACCUAAUGCAGGACAGAAUAAAAUUCAAACAAAUGUGCGAGUUCUUAGGGGCCAUCAUAGCGCGAUCACUGCUUUGCAUUGUGUUACAAAAAGAGAGGUUUGGGAUGUGGUUGGUGACCGUGAAGAUACAGGCUUCUUUAUUAGUGGAAGUACAGACUGCUCGGUUAGAAUAUGGGAUCCAAGUCGUCGUGGUUCUGAACUUCGGGCAACUUUGCGAGGUCAUACAGGGGCUGUCCGUGCAAUAAGUUCUGAUCGAUGGAAGGUGGUAUCCGGGUCUGAUGAUAAUUCUAUUUUGGUCUGGGAUAAACAGCAGUUUAUUCCUCUAGAAGAACUAAAGGGCCAUGAAGGACAAAUUAGUUGUGUGCGGAUGCUCUCAGGUGAUAGUGUCCUUAGCUCUUCCCAUGAUGGGACUGUUAAAAUGUGGGAUGCCAGAACUGGUGGUUGCAUAGCAACUGUUGCACGUUGCCCAGGUUCUGUGCUUUGCAUGGAAUAUGAUGACGCUACUGGAAUCUUGGCUGCUGCUGGUAGAGAUUCUGUUGUGCACCUAUGGGACAUCCGUGCAGGUAAGCAAAUCAACAAACUACUUGGCCACGGAAAAUGGGUCCGUUGCCUUAGGAUGGUUGGAGACACUGUAAUUACAGGAAGUGAUGAUUGGACUGCUAGACUCUGGUCAAUUUCAAGAGGUGCCUGCGAUGCUGUUUUGGCAAGUCAUGGUGGCCCAGUUCUCUCUGUCGAUUAUUCAGCCUCAGAUAGAGGAAUUAUAACAGGAUCUUAUGACGGCUCAGUUAGGUUCUGGGAAAAUACUGCUUACAGCAUCAAAUGUGCUAAAGAGAUGAAUCUGCAUCAUCCUAUAUUGUCUAUUAAUGCUGGAGAGCACUGGUUGGGAAUUGGGGCAGCAGAUAAUUCUAUGUUUCUAUUUCAUCGGCCUCAAGAUAGAUCUGGUGGGUGGAAGCUGUACAGAACACCACAAUUUUCAGCUACUAUGGUAAGAUGUGUGGCUUCAGAUCUUGAACGGAAGAGGAUCUGCAGUGGUGGUCGUGAUGGCCGACUGAGGCUAUGGGAUGCUACCAUCAAUAUCUAAUGCUAUAUAUCAAUCUGCAUCUCGCCACUUCAUCUGCAUUAUUGUAUAAGGCAUCGAAUGACGGAGGAAAACUGAUUUUUUUUCUUUAGAAAAAGUAUGAUAUCCUUGCUACACUGAAAUCUGCUAUAAUGCAUCAUCGACUGAUUGUACGCUUUGCUUUCAGAUGUGGGAGUACUUCUAAGUUCUAACCUCCCAUCAUUUGGUUUUAGUAUUGUAAAUAAUAAAAAAAAGAAAAACUGUCAAUUCAUAAAAUGCACUCGCGCCAUUUAUUUGCUCUGGUGAA